AAACAAACUUGGCGAGAUGAAAUGCGGUUCAGCAUUUCUAAAAGAGAGUACUUCGCGAAGAGUUGUAUGCAGACUCGCCGUCUUACCGUCCGGAUCUAGAUCCGUGCAACAUUUACAUCUAGUGGUAGUUUUUAUUAAAUUUAAUUGAGAAUAUUCAAUCGGAUUUAACGCUUUUUUCCAGUGAUAUUGUGCCAAAAAAUGCCUGGUCAUGUAGAGCAGAUUGCGCUCAUAUUUAUACUUAUCUUUAUAAAUAUCCAUGCAACAAAACCUCCCGGAUUCGUAGCGCCGCCCAAAGACUACGACCCUAAUCCACCAAAAUAUGAAUAUGGUUACAGAAUACAAGAGGAGAAAGUGACGCAAGGUAAAGAUGAGGAACGAGAUGGAAUAUAUGCGCAAGGAAGAUACUACGUGGAAAAUGGCACUGAAUCCAAUCAGUACGUGAAAUAUUUCGCUGAUGAUUGGGGAUAUCACCCGGUAGUGGAAUAUAGUAAUUCUAGUCCACACAGCAAAAGUUCUGCAAAUUUUGCCUUUGGCGAAGAAGCGAUAAAAUUGAAGAAUAAUGAGAAAUCCAUUCCUCAAGACCCGUCUGAUCCAGGCAAAGCAGAGAAUCUUUCAAAGCUGAAUCCAUCUAAUGAACAACUCGAUCCAGCUUUACACUUAAGCAAAGAUCCUGCCGAUGCUGGCCUGAAUACACAACUACCCCCGGCAGAUUCAACUUAUCCUUUGCAAACUCUGAUUCUGCAACCACAAGAUCCUGCAGAAAGCACAGAAUUCGAUCGUCCCAACCAACAAUUAUUCCAGCGACCGAACAGUUUAUCCGAAUCUAACAAUCCGUUGAAUCAAAUUCUUCAAUUAGGUGGUGAUCCAGAAAAUACGAUUAUCAGUCCGCAGGGACUACCUAACGCUCCUAGUGAUCCAAAUGACCAAAAACUGCAAAACAGGCAUUUAUUAGUAGACUACAAAACACCCACUCAGGACCUUAACAGUAAAACGCCGGUGUUUUAUCUGAUUCAAACGCCACAAGUGGAUAAUUUUCCGAAUAUUCGCCUAACUAAUAAUCCUACUGAAGCAGAAAAUCCACUGCGUCAGUUGCUACACGCCCAGAAUAAUCAAGCACAGCAAGAAGAAACAUCAGGAAAGCCGGAAGAUGAACGCAAACUGGAGCAAUUGGAAUCGCUUCCUAAUCCAGAAGCACUGGUAGGAAAUCCUGACAUCAAUCAACCAACAGACAAUAAUGCCCUUAGUGAUAUUCUUUUCAAUAACGACAAUGAAAACCUACUGGAAACCGCUCCACUAGUAAAACCUCCGAAUCAAAUUGUGCAGGUUCAAAAGUCUGCCCCCAGUGCUCAAUAUAUCGAAUUUGGGACCAGGCUGCACCCAAAAAACCCACUCUUGAACACCAAAAAGUUAAUAGACUCUACUAGAAACCUGGUGAGUGGUGAUGAUGUUCUAAAUCUGAAUGCUGCCAUUUCUGAUGCAGAUUCUUCCAAUGAUGGCCUCGAGAGUAGCACCCUUCAUAAUCUACUUCGACAGUAUGUUUCACCUACCAUUCUAGCAUCAACUUCUCCAGCUCCAGAUUUUUCUCCAGUAGAAAGUUUACUGAACGAACCAAUUGUAGUUGCAGACUCUGCACUGGAUGCAGAAGCCAAACCGGUGACUGAAAAAACUGAGGAAAACAAAGAACAAUACACAAGCACCGCUAGAAAUUUUAUUGCUUCCACUACACCAAAAACUAGCAAAGGAGUUACGGACAAUAGUAAUCAGGUCUUAGUAACUCCAAGACCAGUAAGUUCGCAGUUUCUAGCUCCUAUCACGGCUGGAGUGCAGCUGCAGCAAGUAGAAGAACAACUAAGUGAAGACACCCGGACUGUAGAAACGCAUGGGAAAACUUCGGUGCAAAUUCAAAAAACCAUCCCCUACUACCUGGGCAUGUACGAGUAUCCGUUAGGAUUCGAUAUUCUAUCUAGCGGGGAACAAAAUUCUGGGCAGGUAAGAUCAGCCGAAGAUAAAGCCGUGGAAAAUAUUGAACUGGGAAAAACCUUGCUGUAUUUUCCCGAACAACAAUCUCCGAAGGCUGAACAACUAAUUACAAACUCUCACAGUGAGGAUCAAACUCAAAUACUUAACGACAUUAACUCGAAUCAUUUGGGCAACCAACAGCAAGAGAAUGAGGCGCAAGAGAUUAACCAAGGUAGGGGCCAGCUAUUGCUUAAAAUCAAUCAAGAUCAGCAGAACGUUGCUGCCGAAGACCAAUUGCCUGAGACUCUAAUAAAUUUCGAGCAAGUAGGAGACUACCAAUCAUACCGUGAAAAAGAGGCCGAAAGUCCUGCUGUCGUAACUCAAGUGGUUGAGAAACCCGUUCCUUAUCCUGUGGAAAAGAUUGUAGAAAGACCCGUACAAGUUCCAGUAGAAAUUACGAAAUAUGUGGACAGACCAUAUCCGGUUGAAGUACGCGUUCCUUAUCCUCAACCUUAUGCUGUGGAAAAGGUGGUUGAACACAUAGUGAAGCAACCGUAUCCCGUAGAGGUCAAGGUACCAGUACAAGUGCCCGUACCAGUUGAAAAAAUCGUGGAGCGCAAAGUGCCAGUUCCGUAUUACAUAGAAAAACCGGAUGAAAAAAUAGUUGAAAAACCAAUAGAAAAAAUUGUGGAACGCAAGGUGCCGUAUUUUGUUGAAAGACCUGGAGCUCACUACCUGGGGAGGCCGUUUUCAGUACCAUCCAACUCGCAAGGAUACCUGUUACAGAUUCCUGGUCUAUUCAGCAAGCAGAAAUACAGCACUUUAGUGCAGAAUGCCUAUCAACCGUCCGCACUACAAGUACAUUAUUCGAAUUUGAAACCACCUCAACAGCCAUUCGGUCAUAAUGGUUUACAACAAUAUUUCUCCUAUGCCCCUGAAAAUAAUCAGUACUUGCCACCUAAACAAAAUAUGCGCAUAAAUAACGGCCGAAUCCCCACUAAGCUGAAAAAGUUAAAUCUGUUGGUGUUUCCAAGAAUGAAUAUUGCCAAUUUACCGCCAGUUACUAGCAAUCCACACGAUCUAUAUCGGACCUCCCCUCAACAUCAGUCUGCAAGGUUCUCCAAUGCUCAACUUAACAAUGGUUAUCUGCCCCCAUUUUCAUCACCCGACAGUAACCAAGCUGAAGGAUCUUCAAAUUACGCAUAUAAUGUGAAGAAACCUGAACAACCCAUUGGACUAAUACCACCGAAAAGGCCUGCAGCUUCUGACGCUGGAAAAAAUCGCCUUUCCAGGUCGCAUUUCGACGACAGCAGCGUUAGAAUGGAAUAUGGAUUUAUGCCUCCCCUAAUACCUUCACUCGAAAUAGAUGAGCAAGGUCGGCCUAUUGAGAAAGACGAUAAUAAGAAUUAGGACGUGAUGUAAGUUGCCAUUUAUCCUAGAUAGAAUAACAAGCAGAACGAAGCUGUUGGAUGUAUAAGUUUAGUUUGGGGUGUUGAGGCUAAUUUGAUGAAGAAAAAUUAGUAAAUUGAACAUUCUACAAAGUGAUAUUCCGACAAAACUGAGCAAAAGAAAUUCUGGGAAGCUGCUUAUGCUAUUUGAAGGUGGAAAUAGAUGGAUGUAGAAGAUAUUUGACUUUUUCGUUUUACCAUUUAGUUAUAAGCGACUUUAUAUGUAAUUUAAAAUAAUUAUACAGCUUCGCACAUACAUAGAUUAAGUACAAUCUUGCGCGUUUGUAAUGAACUUCCUACAUUUAUAUAUCUACUGUUCUUGCCUAAGCCAUGUUACUAAAAACAGUUGAGCAGAUAGGUAGAUGUGCAUAGUAUUACUGAUUAACUUUGGUUACCGAACAUACCUCGAACAAAACUAUAAAAUAUGAAAACUAUGAAAAUAGCGUACCUACUACCUAUUUAUUUAUUUAGUAUAAUUUUGGACAAUUUUCAGAAAGUGAAAUGCCAGCACACUAUUAAAUAGCGAUUAGAUUUAAAAUGACUAGUAUUAAGUCACCGUAAGUUUAUUUUUAAUAAAAUACAUUUAAUUAUUAUACAGUAGUUCUUGUGAUGUUUGUGU